GCAAACGAGAUGUGUGACAGAUUUGCAACCACCGGCUCUCAUGCCAACAUGAUAUCAUACCUGACCCAAGAGCUCAACAUGCCACUGGUGAAGGCUUCCAAUACUCUUACCAACUUUGCUGGCACUGCCAGUUUGACGCCACUGAUCGGUGCACUGAUUGCCGACUCUUUUGCAGGCCGAUUUUGGACCAUUGUUGUCGGUUCCAUCAUUUAUGAACUGGGGUUAGUGAGCAUUGUCGUAUCAGCAGUCCUGCCACAGCUCCGCCCGCCACCAUGCCCAACUCAACUAAACUGCAAGGAAGCCUCAUCCCUGCAAUUAUGGCCCCUUUACAUUUCUCUUAUUCUUACAACCCUUGGGACAGGCGGCGUUCGACCUUGUGUCAUUACAUUUGCUGCUGACCAGUUUGACAUGUCCAAAUCAAAAGUAGAGGCUCGCACUUGGAAUUUGUUCAAUUGGUACUAUUUCUGCAUGGCAAUUGCCACCCUAACUGCUCUAACUGUUGUUGUUUAUAUCCAAGACAACGUGGGUUGGGUUUGGGGCUAUGGAAUUCCCACUGUUGCCAUGUUGAUAUCUGUUACAGCUUUUCUCGGUGGCUCUUCUCUUUAUAAAAAACUAAAACCAGGAGGGAGUCCACUAGUUAGAGUGGCUCAGGUAAUUGUCGCAGCAGUGAGGAAGAGAAAAUUAGUCGCACCAGCAGACUCUGAUCUCCUGUACGAGAAUGAAGAGCUAGAUGCUUCUAUUUCAUCCCAGGGAAGGCUUCUACACACAGAUCAGUUCAAGUGGCUUGAUCGAGCUGCAAUAGUAACCGAUAAGGAUAAACAAGAUUCAACCCCACCAAAUUUAUGGAGGCUAGCCACUGUUCAUCGGGUUGAGGAAUUAAAGUCCAUUAUAAGGGUGUUGCCCAUCUCAGCAGCUGCAAUAUUACUAUACACCGCAUAUUCGCAUCAACACAGCUUUGUCAUACAACAAGCUCGCAGCAUGGAUCGUCACAUGUCUCACUCCUUCGAAAUACCUCCGGCUAGUAUGUCCAUCUUUGGGGUCGUUACUGUCUUAAUUGGUCUUGUUAUAUACGAACGCUUUUUUGUCCCUUUUGCUCGCCGGUUCACACGAAAUCCUGUGGGCAUCACAUGCCUACAAAGAAUGGGAAUAGGCUUUGCAGUGAACAUUUUAGCUACCAUUGCUGCAGCACUAGUUGAGAUCAAGCGGAAAGAAGUGGCUGCAAAUCACAACUUACUGGGCAGACCAACCACGACUAUACCCAUAAGUGUCUUUUGGUUGGUUCCUCAAUUUUGCCUCCAUGGGGUAGCCGAAGUUUUUAUGUCUGUCGGGCAUAUGGAAUUCCUUUAUGAUCAAUCACCAGAAAGUAUGAGAAGCAUUGCUGCUGCACUCUACUGGGUGGCAAUAUCAAUGGGAAACUAUAUGGGUACAUUUUUGGUAUCAUUAGUUCACAAAUACUCGGGUAAAGAAAGCAAUUGGAUACCUAAUAGGAACCUCAACAAGGGAAGAUUGGAAAAUUACUACUGGCUUGUCAGUAUAGUGCAACUGGUAAAUCUCAUGUAUUAUGUUAUAUGUGCUUGGUUUUAUACCCAUAAGCACUUAGAAGAGGUGAACGACAGAAGCAUUGAAGGAGAUGUGGAGUUAGCUGUGGAAAAAGUUCAAUCAAAGCCAUGGAAUGAUGCUAAUGGAAAUGGGGAAACAGAACACACAGGAGAUGAAACAAAUUAGGAUUGUUUUUCAGAGUAAUUACUUAUUAUUUAGCAUAACCAAACUAUGUGUGUUGUAUCUUUCCAGAAUAAAGUGCAGCAGGUGAG